AUGGAGCAGCUGCAAGUACCUAGAAACAGGCAACAAAAGCCUUUCAGAUAUGAGGCAUGUUGGUUACUUAAGGAAGAAAGUUCUAAACUGGUUGAGGAAGCUUGGAGGGCACCAAGGAAAACUGUGAAUAAAAUGCAAGGCACUAUUGAAAGGCUCAAAAAUUGUAAAUCAAGACUGACUCAAUGGAGCAAGAAGACUUUUGACAUUGCCAAAAGAGAAGUCUGUGCUCAAAUGGACUACAUUUCUACACUACAAGAAAGGAACACAGGCCAGCUAACAGAGGAGAUAAAACAAGCACAACAAGAAGCAAACAAGCUUCUUGAGGUAGAAAACAUUAAGUGGAAACAAAGAGCCAAGCAGAGGUGGCUGAGUGAGGGGGAUAGAAACACCAAAUACUUCCACCAAUGUGCUUCAGAUAGGAGAAAAUCCAAUGUUGUUAGGAAAUUGAUGGACAGCAAUGGCCAAGCAGUAAGUUCGAAAGAAGGUAUAUGUGCUCUAUUCCAAGAAUACUUCACAGAUAUUUUCACCUCCUCUAACCCCAGUAAACCAGAAGCAUGCAUAGCAUCAAUGGAGGCAUGA